AUGAAAUGUUCACCAAAAGUUGGCAAAUCAUCUGUUCUCGAAGCAUUGAGUGGAGUUCAAUUGCCACGAGCACAAAAUAUUUGUACUCGAUGUCCACUCGAGUUACGCAUGAAAAAUAUUCCAUUUAAUCAAACGGAAUAUGCUACUAUUCGAUGUGAAGGUAUACCUGAGAUUAAAAUCAACAAAUUUUCGGAGAUCAUGAAGAGAAUAACAGAUUGUACGGUGCAACUAGCUGGUGCAACAAAUAACGUUUCAUCGAAGCCUAUUUACUUAACUGUCUAUAAGAAAGAUAUUCAAGCAGAUUUAACACUUAUUGAUUUACCAGGUAUUACUCGUAAUCCGAUUGAUGGCCAGUCAAAAACUAUUUAUAAAGAUAUAGUUGAACUUAUUGAACACUAUAUUAAGCCACAAACAGCUAUUGUCUUACAUGUAAUUCCUUCAUCUGUGGAUUUUACAACUUCAGAAUCGAUUCAACUUGCAAAAAAAAAUGAUCCACAUUGUGAACGACAAUUGAUUGCUGUAUCAAAAAUUGAUAAGUUUGACAAAGGUAUUGGAGAAAAACUUCAAGGUAUUGGGCCAGGAUCAAUGGCACUCAAACUUGGUUGUGUAGCCGUGCUUAAUCGUACACAAGAAGAAAUAGAUCAAAAUAUUCCAUUUGAUGAAAUGCGACGACGAGAACAACAAUUUUUUCGUUCUAAUGAAGCUUUUGAAGGUGUAUCGGAGCAAUAUCUUGGUAGUGGACAAUUGGUAAAACGACUUGCUUUAAUUCAACAAGAACGUAUUCGAUCAACUCUUCCAUCAAUUAUAGACGAGCUUAAAAAGGAAAUCAAGUCAAAGAAAUCUGAAUUGAAACAAAUGCCACCAUCAGUUACUUCUGAACUAGAUUGUUGGGCAUUAUAUGCAGAUUUAAUUAAAAAAUAUCGUGAAAUCAUUAAUGCACGUGUUUAUGGAGUAUAUGAUAAUGACACGCAAUUAAAAAUUGAAACAACUGAUUUGUCACGAACAGAUGCUCGCACACAAAUGUCUAAUGAUCGGUUCGAUGAACGAAUUGCCUUUCAACUAUAUAAUCGACAAAAAGAUUGUAGAGAAAAACUUCAUAAUUCUUUCACACAUUUCUUUUCAUCAGAGUAUCAAAAACGCGUAUUGGAACUACUUGAAGAAAAUGCUGGUGUUGCUUUACCUAAUUUUCCAUCAUUUAGCAUCGUUGAACGUCUUUAUCGUGCUGAACAAAACAAAUUUCGAAAACCAUGCGAAGAUUUAAUUGAAUCGUAUACUGAAUAUUGUAAAGUAGUGUUGAUUAAAAUAUUAAAUGAAGUUUUUGUGGAAGAAACAAGCUAUAAAUAUCUAAUAAUACAUAAAUUAACAGAUAUCAUUUUACGUGCUAUCGAUGAAAGUGAAGAACGAUGCAGUUAUGAUAUUAAAAAGAUGCUUGAAACUGAACAACGUGUAUUUACACUUAAUCAUUAUUAUAUGGAUGCAGUGAACAAAAUCAAACAGAAAUAUCAAGAAUAUAAUGCUAGUAUUAAACUAAAUCAACCUACGAAAGUUCCUUCAACAUUUAUGAUUAAUGACUUUGUAAUAGAUGUGAGUGGUCUUUCAAAUGAACAACAAGCAGCAUUAGAUGUUCAAAUAGCUAUGACAGCUUAUUGUCGUGUAGUUGAAAAGCGUAUUGUUGAUCAGGUCUCUCAACUUUGCUAUUAUUGGCUUAUCACUCGUUGUGCUCUUGUACUCGACUCCAAACUGAGUUCGGCAUUUACAUCGGCUGUCUUGUUUGAAUGGAUGCGUGAACCAAUUGAUCAACAACAAAAACGUGAGAAUUUGAAGAGAAGUACACAUGCUAUGGAAAAAGCAUUAGCUAUGGGACAGAAUGCAUAA